AUGCGGGCCGGCGUCCCCACCUUCGUGGCGGGGCUCCUGGGUGGCACCGGCGUCCUGCUCUUCCUCCUCGCCUUCGGCACCGAUUACUGGCUUCUAGCUACGGAGACCUGUGGGAUCUUUGGGCGUGAGAAUGACACCCUUCAGACUGGGGAGGCUGAAACCCUGACUGAGACCAGAAAGGAGCUCCUCACUUUCCAUCAUGAGGGCUUCUUCUGGCGGUGCUGGUUCUUUGGAGAAGGUGACGUGGGGACCAUCUGGAGCUUCUGGUACACCAGCCAAGCCCAUCCCAAGUUCUGCAUGCAUGGAUACCUCUUUCCCUUGCCCAUUGCUCUUGGACCUUCUCCGCAUCCUUCGUAUGAUACAACUGCAGUGUUCCGGGGCUUCUGGACGGCGUUCAUCACCCUGGCCGUGGCCGCCAGCCUCGUCGGAGGCUUCCUGCUCGUGUGCGGGGUGCCCUUCGGCAGCGCCCGCUUCCACAAGGCCGGGGGCGGAUUCCUCCUCGCCGCCGGAUUCCUCUAUCUGCUGCUCGUGUUCCUGUUUGUGCUGUGGAAGGAGUUGGCAGCCGACCUCCACAAGUACAUUCUCCUGGAGAGAAGUGAGAAGUGCCUGGACGAUGUGCCCGUCCACGUGUACUACGGCUGGUCCUUCAUGUUCGCUGCCGCAGGGGUGCCCUUGGUUCUGCUYGCUGGACUUCUCUUCUAUCUUGUUGGCAGAGACAUUAUGAAGUCCCUGGAGUAA